CAGCUCCAGCCCAGAGCUGAAGUCUGAACUCCACCUUCAGGCAGAAUGAGGUGCAGCCCCGGAUCUCUGCUGCUGUUGCUGCUGGUGGUCAGCUGUCUCUCUCCAGCUCAUGGUGUUCUGGAGAGUCAUUACACAAAUCUAAAGUGUAAAUGCCUCCGAGUGGUCUCAACCUUUAUCAGCCUCCAGAACAUUGAACGGAUUGAAGCCUUUCCUCCUGGGAACGGGUGCCCAAACAUAGAAAUUAUAAUCUGGAAGAAAAAAGGAAAUGCUGUAUGUUUGAACCCUCAUGCCAAAUGGACUAAAAAAUUACUUACAGAUGCAAAAAACUUCCAGAAAAAAAAGAUUCCUCCAACUAUGCGAUCUUCUGUGUCUUCAAGAAGAACCUCCUGAUGCCCAUAACCCCACUAAGGACACCUGCUUCCCUCAUUUCUGCUUCAAGGUUUAGUUUUGGGUUUGGCUGAACUUUUUCCAGGAAAAUAAAAUUCUCCCAUAUAAAUGAGCUCAAGAAUAAAUGUGCUGGUUUGAGCCCCUGGCUCUCCACCUGCAGGGGAGUCACUUCACAGGUGGUGAAGCAGGUCUGCAGGUGUCUAUCUUUCUGUUCCCCUCUCUGUCUUCCCCUCCUCUCUCCGUUUCUCUCUGUCCUAUCUAAAAACAACUACAACAACAAUAAAAAACAAGGGCAGCAAAAGGGAAAAUAAAUAAAUAUUUAAAAAGAUGUACUGUCAUUGGUAAAAUCUAGUAACAUUCAAAGAUCCCUGAAUUAAAUUCAUAGAAUAUUCUGGGGAAAUAUUUAGAGUAACAUUCAAAUGUUUUCUUUUAUGCAUUUGCUUUAAUUUUUUUUACACACAUCUUUUGCACUGUCUGGCUGGAGGGUCUCUCUUGUAUCCUAACUCUGUAAUGCCUCCUAUUAAUCUAAUGCUAUUGAAUAAACUUAAGUUUUUUGCUUAAUUAUGAGUAAUUCA